AUGUCGCAUAGAGACAAGAAAAGGAUAUGGUCGAAGGCUGCACAGCCAUUGGAGUUCAUAAACCUAGAUUUAUUUGACUUUGAAAACAAAAUAUAUAUACUCGUGGUGGAUGCCUAUUCCAAAUGGGUAGAGUGCGAAGAAGUGAGGGGGACAAUUCAGGUGGUGGUAAAGACGUGGUUCGGAGUGGCGAAGCUAAUAGUAUCGGAUGGGGGUCCAGAUUUCAUAAGUGGACAGUUCAAAUUAUUUUGUUCUGAAACCGGGACGAGACACAUUUUGGUGCCACCAUAUAACCCAAGUUCGAAAGGUCAACCGGAGAGGUUGGUGUCGAUUGUCAAAAAUGGUUACAAAAAUCAAAGUAUGGAGGAGUGA